AUGAGACAAUCGGACAACGUACCGAGUGACGGGGUGAAAAUGAGACAAUGGGACAACGUACCGAGUGACGGGGUAAAAAUGAGACAAUGGGACAACGUACCGAGUGACGGGGUGAAAAUGAGACAAUGGGACAACGUACCGAGUGACGGGGUGAAAAUGAGACAAUGGGACAACGUACCGAGUGACGGGGUGAAAAUGAGACAAUGGGACAACGUACCGAGUGACGGGGUGAAAAUGAGACAAUGGGACAACGUACCGAGUGACGGGGUGAAAAUGAGACAAUGGGACAACGUACCGAGUGACGGGGUGAAAAUGGGACAAUGGGACAAGUUCCCAGUGACGGGGUGA